GCAAUUGGGGCUGUGGUGUGUUUGGUGGCGACCCCCAGUGGAAGCUGCUCAUCCAGUGGUGUGCUGCGAGUAUCGCCGGCCGCCCGCUGCACUACUACCCGCGAGACGAGCGCAGCAUUAUGGGCGCCGAGCGCUUCAUCCACAGCCUGAAGGCCGCUGGGUGCGACACUGUAGGCGGGCUGGUCCAGCUGAUGUGUGACAGGCGCACACAGAGGGCCAUCGCGGGGCGGAAUCGAAUGUCGGCAUUCGAGGCCAUCAAGGCGAUCGUCACGGAGCGGAGCAGACCAUCCCCACCACCCGUGGUAUAAGCUGCCCCUCCAUACCUGUCUGCAUCAAUCUCAUCGGCUUUGUGCGUUUGUGUGCCAGUCUCGCAGCUCGUUGCCUCCAUCCCACAUGCAGCACUACUCGCCCCAGUUCGCAUUGACCGACGCGCCUGCAACGUCACCCACGACACGUCAAGUCGGCCAGCGCAACGUGGUGAGCCGUCAGACAGAAGUGAGGUCCUGUAGUCAUGCCUGUCUGUCUGUCCCCAGGCAGCCCUCGCUGCGUCUCCCAUGUUGUCGGCCGUCACUGCAGAGGGUCAUCACACGACUCGGGAGAAUCCGAGAGAGGUCCGCCGAGACACAACGCACAUGCGUCGGUGUUCGUGACUGAUGGUCCAUGUCGAUUGAUGUGCUGUUAUUGUUUUGCCGCGGCAGGCUGAGCACGCUCCUCUGGUCGACACGGCCGGCAACAAACCGACCACGAGCACCAAGAAGAUCGACAACAAGGCGGACAUCGACACGGCGAAAACGAGCGGCAAAAAGUGAGCAUUCGUGUCUCACUGCAGUGAGGAAUCAGUGGACAGAGUCUGCAUGUGUCUCUGUGUCCAUGUCGUGUUGUCAGGGUCGACCACGUAUUCGAGUACGUGCCGAUGAAGCAUCGUCGGCCCGCUAAGGUGGAGCUCAAGGGCUCUUUCGACGGCUGGCAGCGUCGUUACCAGAUGCACUGGUCGCCCGAGAACAGCUGCUACGUGCUGCCUCUCUCGCUGCCCCCGGGCAAGCACAUGUAUAAGUUCAUCGUGGACGACAGGUGGACAUGUGCAUACACGCAACCGAAGGACAAAGAUGGAGCUGGCAAUACCAACAAUGUACUCACCCUCCGACUUGACUGACACGGCGCGGGGACGGGGAAGGGUGCAUACAACGGGGGACGCGACAUGAGUCUUACUUUUAUUUCAAUCACAGUGGCGGUAGACGAGAGAGGACCUUGUAGGUAGUAUGUUUGGAUAGUCAUUUUAGAUUCUGCUUAAGUUGUACGGUCACACUUCAUGGCUGCGUGCACUCGUUGUAUGACACUCUGCGUGCACUUGGUUGUUUGACGGUAGGUCUGGUCUGCGUGAGACUCUUUGCACGGAGCAUGAAAACGGAUUUGUUCG